UCUCUCUCUCCGCCCCUGUAGACAGGGAGUUAGUGACUCCUCCACUGGACGGUGUUAUCCUCCCAGGGGUGACCCGACAGUCACUCCUCGAUCUGGCCAGAGAGUGGGGGGAGUUCGCGGUCUCGGAGCGCGCCGUGACGAUGCCGGAGUUCCUCGGCGCCCUCCAGAAGGGCCGUGUGAGGGAGGUGUUCGGCUCGGGCACGGCCUGCGUGGUGUGUCCAGUGGGCAGCCUGCUGUACAAGGGGGAGACCUACCGGAUUCCCACAAUGGAGCACGGCCCCGAUUUAGCACAGAGGUUCCUGCAGGAGCUCACUGACAUACAGUACGGACGCAGAGAGAGCGAGUGGGCCCCUCUGGUCGUCUGAUUGGCCGCAGCGGCUGCCCGUCACCGAGGAGAUGGCGAAUCAGAGAGAAGGAGUGGGCGUGGCGGGGAGCGCGCCCUCCCCGAACGGCCGGCCCCUCUGUGCUGAUUGGGUGUGCUGGUUGGUGGGCGUGUCCCCGCGCCUCGCUCUAGAAAGGAUAAAUGGUUUCUGGUUCUUUUGUGUGUCUAAUCCUUUAUAUACACUAUGAAUGUAUUAUCAGUUCUCGCCCUAGGUCUUAUAGAGCUUGUUUUUAAUGGGUCUUGUGGUUCUUUCUGGCUUGGCUCUGUCUAAGGUUUUGUUUUUAUAAAUCCAGUUGUGGCUGAAAUGCGAGACCCCCGAAUCCCGAACGGGAGAAUCCGCCGGAAUGAUCCGGGAAUUCCCGCGGAUUCCUGGACCCUGGGCGCGGUGAGGAGGGCUGUUAGUCACUGCAAUGAGGGGGCGUUCGGUCGGCUCCGAAAGGUGGGGUUCCUGGCGCCCCGACACCUUUUAACGCACAGUCCCUGUGGGGUUUUUAGGAUGAGUGGGAGGGUCGCUCGUGCUGGGGUUCUCUGUAUGUGUCCCCGCGCUGUCUGAAGCACUUCGAAUAAACACUCCUGCACUUAUUUUUAACUUCCUGAUGCCGUAGAUAUCUGCCAGUCUUUCAGCUGCUUGCUUCCCGGUGGCUAUUUCUCUGUCUGUACCUCUGAAUGUGCGCAGUUGUCAUCCUCGGAGCUGUGGAGGAGCUGGGAAUAAACUCAGUCCAGCUCAUC